CUCUGGGACCUAAUGCAAAAAGGGCAACAAGAAAGUUGUAAUCGUUUAUCGCAGAACGUUGAACCAAUGAAUGUUAUAGGCUAGACUAGGGCUUCAAACUACUACUACUAGGCCUAGGCCUACUACUAGAAGGGCACCACACCCGGCCACCGCAAAUUGGAUUGGCCUCCCCUAACCUAGCUAGGCCUAGGCUAGGCCUGCCACAAUUCCAGUAAAUAUCCGAGUAAUGUACUCCUUUCUAUAUCUAGGCCUAGGCUAGGCCUGGGACCUACUAUUUAAUCAAUAAAUUGUUUGGUAAUGUGCCAUUGUUUGGCCACCCAGUGUUUUUGUUAAGGGCGCAUAGAAGAAAUUAUUAAGAUUCACUAUUUUUGUUUAAAAAAUUGAUGAGGGAGGGCGUUUUUUUUUUUUAAAUCAGAAUAAUAGAUUAUUUAGCUUUUGUUUUUAUCGAUGAGGGAGGGACUCUGGGCUCACACUAACCGCUUGCCAAAUCGCCAGGGGCGAAAACUAUUUUGGAUUGGCGAAAAAAAAAAUCAACUGCUUUAGCUAUUUUGGCGAAAACCUAACAUCAAAGAAAGUUUUAAAUACUUGGUAAAAUACAUCGUUUUUUUUUCAUAUGAGCUACAUUUUUCGCUAACUUCUUUCGACGCUUAUUUGUGUUGUUGUAUGAGUAGUCUUGCUGCAAACAUCAUUGCAUGCCUCGCAAGUUAUCUUUUAUUUGUGAUUGUUAUUUUUACGCGGUAGAUGCAGGGCAGCGGCUGUACGACGUAGACUAAUGUGAAGGCAAAAACACGAGGGGCCCGAUGCAAUAUGACAGAAUUGUGGAUAUUUUUGCCAUAGGAAUGAGGUACUAAAGAAAUCUAGGGCCUAGGUUAUAUUGUACUUUACAGUAGGAUGACUGGCUGUUCAGCAGUUGGCUGCAAAAGUCGACCUGAAAAAAAUGUGAGACUCUUCAGGUUUCCAUCCGAUAAAAGCAGAAGAAAAUUGUGGGAAGUAAAGCUUAGUCGAUUAAAUUGGAAACCUACGAACAACUCUCGUCUUUGUGAGGUACAUUUCGAGAAUGACCAGUUUGAGAGACUGCGAACAGACAGGAAACUUAGAAGAGAUGCAAUUCCAACUCUAUUUAGUCACCGACCUGUUCCCAAACACCGAAAACCUCCCAAACGACGAAUUAAUAAUGAUGAACAGAAAUUCAGAUGUCCAGAGAGAAGCUUAAGUGACCACACUUACUGGUUACCAUUGUCAAAACAACCAGCUAUAUCCACUCAGAAAAAAACCAUGGAUAGCAAACCCUGUACAUUAAUAACAAAAGAAGAUUUGAAAAUUGCUUAUGACGUUGUGCAACAGAGUUUUUUGUGUGUUCGCACUCCAACCAUUCACCACUGCCAACAAGCUUUUGGUAUCGAAGCUACAAUUGAUCUACACUUGAAAUUAGAAAGUUCACAAACUACAGGUUCUUUCAAAGUUCGAGGUUUAGCUAAUCAAUUGGCAAAUUUACCACAAGCAGUAUCUAAGGGUGAAUGUCAUGUGAUCACUAUGUCUGCAGGGAAUUAUGGGAAAGCAUUGAGCUAUGCAGCCAAUAAACUUGGUAUUCCAGUGACAGUAGUAAUGCCAGAAACAGCGCCAGACAAUCGAGCAAUACUAAUGCGAGGUUAUGGUUCAAAGGUUGAGAGGGUGGAUGUCAGUGAAUUACAAAGCAAAGUAGAUGAGCUAGUUGCAGAGAAAGGCAUGCACUUCUGCCACCCAUUUGAUGAUCUCCAUCUUAUUGCAGGGCACGGAAGUUUGGGGCUUGAGAUUCUUGAGGACCUUCCAAGUCCAGACAUUGUCUUGGUUUGUUGUGGUGGAGGUGGUUUACUGGCUGGAACAGCUGCAGCCAUUAAAUUACACUGCAAAUCGUGUAGGGUGUAUGGUGUUGAACCUGAAACAGCAUGUGCGAUGUACCAGAGUCGGGAGAAGGGCGUAGCUGUUACAGACCACAACUGUCAUUCAAUUGCAGCUGGGCUUUCACCUCCAUAUGCUGGUAAAAUUUGUUUUGCUCACAUCACAAAAUUUGUUGACGAGAUGCUGCUUGUGACCGACUCUGAAAUCAUCUCUGCCGUAAAACAUCUUUACAAUGCUGGGUUGAAGGUUGAGCCAUCAGGUGCUGCAGCCUUUGCUGCCCUUAUGCAUCACAGAGUUCCGGAUGUCUCUGGCAAGAAGGUUGUUGUAGUGAUCACAGGUGGCAAUGUGUCACCAGCAGAAUUAGUUGAUAUUUUUGAGUUAUGACUCCAGACAGUUGUACAGUAUUAUUUGUUUUUGCAUUGUUUCAGUUUGUUAUCUGGUGCUCUACUAGUUGGUAAGGGGAUUAGACCAUUCUCUCUUAGAGAGGGGGGGAGGGUCACGGGAAAAUUAUUUAAUUACAAUUAAUCACCAAUAGGAAAUAAAGGGUAGUUUUACCGCUGUUUGCACAAAAUAUUUAGUAGGUUUUAACAUGAUUGUGGCUAAAAAUUAUUUAUCAUGCAAAUGUACAACUGUAAAUUUGUGGAUAUUUGCAGACUAGCUUACAAAUCUAACCAUAAAAACUCUGAUUUUCUUUUGUAUGUAAUAUUUUAUGAAUGACACACAAGCAAAAAUCGGAGAUUUGAUUAAAAGUUUUAAAAAUCUGAUUUUGGAGUUUUCGUGUAUAGUAUGCAAAACCUCCGAAAUCGGAGGGUUGAUUAAAAGUUUUGCUCUCUCUCUCUCUCUCUAUAGAGAGAGCGCUUGUUUAAUUAAUACAUGUAGUACGCAGAAACUCUGAAAUCGGAGAUAUGAAUAAAAGUUGGAAAACUCUGAUAUCGGAGUAUUGGCGGUGGGCGCAGACACACCGACAUCAGAGUAACAACAUAGCUCCAUAUAAAUGGAACAAUUGAUUAAUACAUUUAAGGGGUUUUUUUUCUCUUUUACUGCAUUACAGUAUUUGAUUUAUGACCUGAAAAAGGAUAUUUGGAAAAGAUUUGUCAAAUGUGAAUAUUGAAAUAAACCAUAAGAAACCUUGAAAAUAAUAAAGAAUAUCAGUAGAUUUUAUCUGUAGAGUUUACUGAGUCAAUAGUCAUUACAUCGGAAUGGAUGUGAAUUGCUUUAAUCAAUCUCAAGAUGCUUAUAGUCAAGGUCAGUGUCUGUACUGUACAUAGAUUGUCAAAACUUUCAUCUUUCAACAAUGAGUGCACAGCUAUACCUUAGUUUAAACAAAAUUUCACGACUUCAACUUUGCAUAAACCCUGUCUUACACCGUAGCAUAAACCAGGUGUCUGUUUAAAUCUAAAUUUCUUUUGUUACUUGUGUGGAUAUAAAUCAACACUGACUUCUGUGCGACAAAUUAUAAUACAGUAAUUGGGUAA